UAACAUAAACAAAUAUAAAUUUUAUAGAAAUAAUAGGAAAUGGUUUCAUUAUUGCUCGACUAAUUGGUUGAUUAACUCUUUUAUUUGCAAUGAAUAUUUUCAGGAUGCAACAUGAAUCAGAGAUACGACUGCAUGUCAGUGGUAAAGAGCAAAUAAUUAAGGCCUCUGAUGUCACACCUGACACGACCCUCAAUGAAUACCUCAGAGACCACCUUCACCUCACAGCCACAAAAAAGAUGUGCCUAGAAGGGGGUUGCGGUGUAUGCAUCGUGGCUAUUGAGGAAACCGAUUCUGAUGGCAACAAGAAGAUAUUUGCCGUUAAUUCUUGUUUGGUAUCCAUUUAUUCUUGCCACGGUUGGAAGAUUUUGACCAACGAGGGAAUUGGAAACCCAAUAAUUGGAUACCAUAAGAUUCAAACAUUGUUGGCGGCCAAUAAUGGCACUCAAUGUGGUUUCUGCUCUUCCGGAAUGGUGAUGAAUAUGUACGCACUGAACCAAAUAAGCAAUUUAACGGAUAUCCAAAUUGAAAAUUCUUUUGGUGGUAACCUCUGUAGGUGUACCGGAUACAGACCAAUCUUGACCGGUUUUAGGCAGUUAGUUCCUAAAUCUGAUACCAUUGAGGACUUGGAAGACUUGAAGGUCGGAUGUAGUUCCGCCAAAUGCCAUAAGGGUUGUGCGAAGGUUUGCCAGAGAGUGCCGCUGCGUUAUAACCUCCAAAAAGCUACUUGGACAAAAGUUUAUACUUUAAAGGACUUAUUGGAAAUUUUGACGACUGUUGGAAGCAGUUAUAUGUUGGUUGGAGGAAAUACUGCUAAAGGUGUAUACUGGCCAACCGGUGGAUACUCCGCAGAUAACUACAUAGAUAUCACUGGAGUCGUAGAGUUGACAACCUAUACUUCCACCUCAAGUAGUUUAGUCUUAGGAGGGAAUGUCACGAUAACCGAUACGAUAAGCAUUUUCAGAAAAACCGCCAAAUUAUACUCCAGCUUCGUCUAUCUGGACAAAAUGGCCGACCAUCUGGAUUUGGUUGCCCACGUACCAGUGCGAAAUAUUGGCACCCUCGCAGGUAAUUUAAUCAUGAAGUUCAAUGACAACGGGUUUGCCUCGGAUAUUUUUUUAAUAUUUGAAACUGUACAGGCCAGACUGGUAAUUGUGGACACAAGUGAAAAUGAGACCAGAGUAACCCCAAAAGACUUUCUGCAACUUGACAUGAAUAAAAAAGUUAUUAAGCAAAUCAUUUUACCUCCCUAUGGAACCGACUAUUACUACACCAGCUAUAAGAUUAUGCCGAGAGCCCAGAACGCGCACGCAAUGAUGCACGCAGGUUUUCUCUUCCAGUUAGACACCUCAGGCAUCGUAAAGUCAGCUCGAAUAGUCUAUGGGGCGGUCAAUCCCAAGUUCACUCAUGCAUCUGCCACAGAAACGUUAUUAACGGGAAAGCAGCUGUUUGAUAAUGCAACACUGCAAUCGGCGUUCGCUUCCUUGGACCAAGAAAUCGUUCCGGACUGGAUCAAACCCGAUCCAAGUCCCGCUUUUAGAAAGCAACUCGCCAUUAAUCUGUUUUAUAAGUUCGUUUUGAGUAUAGCCCCGAGCUCUUUAGUGUCCUCAGUAAAUAAAAGUGGUGGGACCCUAUUGACGAGACCGGUGUCAACUGCCAGUCAACAAAUCUAUAGUGAUUCCACCUUAUAUCCUCUGACCGAACCUGUUAUAAAGCUGGAGGCACUUGCUCAAACUUCAGGUCAAGCGCAGUACAUAAUUGACAAACCCGACCUGCCGGGUCAGCUGUAUGGGGUAUUGGUGCCAGCACAACUCACUCCCGGAUCCACCAUUACCCAAAUAGACUCAACUGAUGCCCUAAAGGUUGAUGGAGUGAUCGCUUUUUACUCAGCUAAAGAUAUUCCUGGCACCAACUCAAUCGCAUUACCAUCUAUCGCUCAAACACUUGUGGAAGAACUAUUUUGUGCCGGAACCGUUCGAUACUUUUCCCAACCGAUUGGGGUCCUGGUAGCAACCAGUCACGAUAUCGCUUUGAAUGCUCGCGAUUCGAUCAAAGUCACUUCUAAUGCACCCACCGCUGACCCCGUGUUUUCAGUCAAAGAUGUCGUGGCACAAAACCUUACCAAGAGAAUUACCCAUUUAACUUCGGUGGUACCAAAAACCAAAGGUAGCGAUAUCAAAAAAGUGAUCGCGGGGGAAGUUUACGUGCCAACUCAGUACCAUUUCCACAUGGAAAACCAAAAUUGUCUGGUGCUCCCGGCAGAGGAUGGUCUCACGGUAUAUCCGGCGACGCAAUGGAUGGAUCAUAUACAAGGAGUGAUUUCACAGGUGCUACUAAUGCCCUCUCAAAAGAUAAACGUGGUUGUACGAAGGCUAGGAGGAGCCUUCGGGGCGAAGAUUACCAGGAACGCUUUUGUAACCACAGCAGCCGCUUUAGCUGCAUACAAACUUAAUAAACCCGUUAAGAUGUGGAUGAAUUUAAGUGAUAACAUGGAGAUUAUUGGGAAAAGGUAUCCGAUGUAUACGAAAUAUGAGGUUGGCGUUAAUAGUGCCGGAGCGAUACAAUAUCUUGAGGCGAGCCUUUAUACGGAUGCAGGCGUAGGUACCAACGAACCAAUCGAUUCUUUGGUGGUAGACCAGUUUAAAAACUGCUACAUAACUGACACCUGGUCCUACGACACUUACCUAGUAAACACGGAUAAUCCCAGCAAUUGCUACACCAGGGCCCCAGGUAAUUUUGAAGCUAUGGCCUGCAUAGAAAAUAUAAUGGACCAUAUAGCUUACUCACUCAGUUUGGAUCCUUUAGAUGUGAGGAAGGCGAACUUGAGUGAAAAAGACAAUCCCAUUGUGGCGAACUUCAUAAAAGACAUUGAAAAGUCUGAUAGUGUUAUUACUAAGAAAGCUGCUAUAGAAGAAUUUAAUAAAGCCAACAGAUGGAAGAAAAGAGGUAUAUCAGUCAUACCAAUGAAGUGGAUAUUAGAAGUAGCCGGGACGUUUACGACAGUAGUCUCCAUUUAUCAUAUAGAUGGGGGAGUGGCCGUUAGCCAUGCUGGAAUUGAAAUGGGCCAAGGAAUUAAUACUAAGGUGGCACAAGUUUGCGCCUACAAAUUUGGAAUAAAACUGGAAAAAGUAUCGGUGAAACCGUCGUAUAAUGUAGCGAGUCCAAACGCCAUGACUACCGGGGGUAGUUUAACGUCCGAAGCGGUAGUUUACUCUUUAAUAAAAGCCUGUGACGUUCUGAUCGCCCGCAUGAAACCGAUGAAAGAUAAAAAUCCGAAAGCGACAUGGGAAGAACUUGUGACGCUGUGCUUUAAUGGUAAUAUUAAUUUGAGCUCGAACGGAUUUUUUUCACCAGACGAGCCAGGAAUUGAAGAAUACCCGAUAUACGGGUGCGGAGUUCUCGACUUGGAAGUGGACAUUUUAACGGGAAAACACGAGAUUUUAAGUGUGGAUAUUUUGGAGGAUGUGGGCCGAAGCAUGAGUCCUCUGAUCGACAUAGGUCAAGUAGAGGGAGCCUUCAUAAUGGGCCUGGGUUGUCACUCAACUGAGGAAAUAGUCCAAGACAGUACCACUGGAAAAAUCUUAACGAGCCGCACUUGGAACUAUAAGCCUUAUGGAUUCAAAGACAUACCGCAAGAUUUUAAAGUACGCUUCAGCAAUAAUACACCUAACCCUGUAGGAGUAUUAAAGUCGAAAGCGAUUGCUGAACCUCCCAUGUGUUUCUCCGUUGCGUUUCCGCUCGCUUUGCGACAUGCUUUGGCUUCCGCGAGGGGUGACUCAUCGUCUACAGCAUCUCCUUGGUAUUCUAUAGAUGGCCCGUCAACCGUGCAACAAACCCUGCUUCAGGCUUUAAGUGACUACAAGCAGUUUACGUUGUAGGGUUUUAGUUUAUAUACAGUAAUAAGGGAUUAAAUGGGAAUUUUAUCAAGUAUCAA